AAAAAGUUGUUGCUUGCUUUGGAAAAAUUGGGAAAAAUAGGGAAACAUGAAAAUCUCUGAAUUUUCUUGAUUUCAGUAAAUUCUAAUACUGUUGUAAAUCACUGAGAUCUAAAAUGACUUCGGACGAAUCAGAUGACGAACCAUUGUCGGUGUUAGCAGCUGCUAAAAGAUUAAAUCCUGAGAAAUUUGAAACCUACGAAACUGAAACAACUAUUGAGGUAAUUCGGCCAUCGAAAAAGAAGAAAAAGAAGUACUCACGUAAUGAUACCGUUUCUAUUACCAUAAAAUUACAUCAACCAAUAAAAACCACACGACCGCCGAAGAUAGUUGAGAGGCCUGCAGAUGUAUGGAUGUACAUAAAAGACCUCAAUCCUACUGGACCUUACAGCUGUCUGCUUUGCUCGGAGUGGUUCAUUAACCGGUCUAAAAUAAUACUCCACUAUAUUCUGAAUCACAAAAAAGAUUUUUGUGGAAUUUGUCGCUAUUUUGUGACUGAAAGAGCGGUGUGGCAAACUCAUCAGAAGUUUCACAGUCCGUGGCCAUGCUCACAGUGUCUAGACAGCUUCCCAACACAGGUGGAAUGGCGGAAACACUUCAGUGAGGCUCACAACCUGGUCCAUUGCCGCCUCUGCCACUUCAGAACCACAGACGAUGAUCAAUAUGACGUGCACUUAAUAGAAAAACAUAAUGUAACUAACACAGAGAGUAAAAACGCAGAAGUCAUUUGGGAAGUUGAAUAUCUAGGUUGCCAAAAUUUCCUAUGCUUAUUGUGCAAUAAAGGAGAUGUUUUUUGUAAUAACUUCUUCAACCACUACAUGGGCUAUCACCACUUCACUCUCAAAUGCAUCACAAACAUAAUAUCUGGUAAUGAUCCACCUUUUCAUGUAGACGGUGCUAAUGUAAGUACAGACUUUGUUACAGACCAGUUCAAUAUCAAAACAGGCUACCUGGAAUUGGAAAAAAAGCCAGAUAUUGCUGAUGUGCAAAAUGAACAGGAUUCAGGGGUAAAACAGGAGCCCCUAAGUGAUAAUGAAAAUAAAGAAGCAAAAAACAGUAUUGUAGAAACUUAUAAAGGCGUUGAAGAUUUUGACGUUACCUUAAUGGAAUUGAUUGUGUUGAAUAAAUGUUAUUUUGAGUAUGUCAAUCAAACGUUAAGCCAAAUUAAUUCAAACACAGUUCCUGAGGAUUCUGGUAUAGACUACAAAACUGCCAAUGACGAUGUUGAAUUGGACAUAGAAUGUGGUGUAUGCAAAACCUGUGUUACAUCAAUACAUACAUUUAGCACACACAUGUUAAAGAUGCAUUCUGUUAGAUCUGUACCUAUUUAUUCGUGUAGAGUGUGUGCAACCACAUUUGACAGUCAAGGUGAGCUUGAAGCUCAUGUGACUGAAGAAAUGGGAGAGUUUGAUGAUCUCUGGCUAUGUCAAUUUUGUGACAAGGAGUUUGACAAUCGGGAGAAUACAAGGAAGCAUUUGAACAGCCAUUGGGAUGUUAUGGAGUUUGACAAUUGCUUUAGUCCACACUUGGGUUUUAAGUGCAAGUACUGUCCUACAUUGUUUUGGAAUGAACCUGAUAGAGAGACUCAUCAAAUAAGAGUGCAUUUUGUUAAGUACAAGGAAGACUUUUAUAAGUGCGAAAAUUGUUCAGAGAUAUUUAGUGAUAAGAUUUGGUUCAUCCACCAUUAUGUGGAAAAGCAUCAGUCGGUGCAAGAAGAGCUGCUUUUCCUUGUUAAAUGUUGUGUGUGUUGUCUAGUGUUGAACACAGUUGAAGACAUGAGAGCACACUUUGAGAAACAACAUUCUGAUGCUAGGAAAAUCUUCUGUUCCCUGGGAGCUUGUGUGUUCAAGCCACUGAGUCAAAGGAAAUCAUUCAAAGUGCAUAUCAAGACGGUCCACGCUACAGAGGAGAAGAAGCCACCACGGCCAGAAGUAUGCACGAUCUGCACACGAGAGUUCAACAGCUCGCGCGCGUGUGCAACGCACAUGGCUCAGGCGCACGGCGCGCGCAACUACAAGUGCAAGCUGUGCCGCGACGUGCUACACACGGUGGACGAGCGCAAGCUGCACUACCUCAUUCGGCACCCUGGCAAGCACCCUUACGAAUGUUCAGAGUGCGGCAAGUCCUUCCAGUACAAAUCAUCUCUGUACAUGCACAAGCAAGUCCACGCACCGAAUAAGCCCACUUAUACGUGCUCGUUCUGCGGGAAGGUGUUUAUGAAAAAGGAUUCCUACCGCGAGCACAUCCAGAUUCACGAAGGGCCUCGGCACGCAUGCUCCUACUGCCCGAUGCGGUUCGUGCAACGCUCGAAUAUGCUGCGACACGAGCGGAGGCACACAGGCGAACGGCCCUACGCGUGCCCGCAGUGCCCUCGCACGUUCUCGGAUAAAGGCGCCUGCACUUCGCACGCGAGGACUCACACCAAGGACAGGUCGUACGCCUGCAUAUACUGCGGGCAGACGUUUGUUCAGAAGUCUAAACUCACGUAUCACGUCAGAAAACAUACUGGGGAGAACCUGGAGACGUGUCAAGUAUGCUCGAAGCUGUUCACGAGCGCGUGCUCCCUUCGCGAGCACAUGAAGAUCCACGAUCGCCACACCAAGGUGCCGGUACAGUGCCCACUAUGUGAUCGCAAGUACCAAGACGAGCGCUACAUGCUCCGCCAUAUUCGCACGUCACACACGCACGUGCGCUACACGUGCCCGCUGUGCCGCAAGGAGCUCACCAGCCCCGCCGGGCUGCGGCUGCACGUCGUCACGCACGGCCAGGCCAACAUGUACAAGUGCAAAUCCUGCCCCAAAACCUAUGCUGUGAAGCGGACAAUGAUUCGUCACAUUCGCAAACGGCAUAUGCCCAAGAAUACCUCCCGCGCCCCACGAGAAUUCUACCAGAAGUUAGACCCUCGAGAAUGUUGUUUACCUCUCGACGAAGAAGCGAUGACGAAAAUCUUCGGACCACCAAAGAAGAAGUCCAGCGAAAACGUCAUCAGAGACUUUGUGACGUUCACCAAAGGCUUAAAACUCCCUGAGAAUCCCCCGGCUAAUGAUGGCGGCGAUGACGACGACGACGAUGACGAUGACGACGAGGAUUUGAGUGAAGAGGGAAGCCAAGACAAGGACAGCGAAGGUGAGAGCGAGGUUGAUGAGAAAACGCCGCAGAAAACCGAGGAAGAAGCAGAGUUGGAGCCGACUGACUUUGUGAGCGUUAAGAUCGAGCAUGUGGAAGAAGAUGUGGAGGAAGAACAGUGAAUUGAAUCAAUAUUAGCGACAACUCAAAAUGCUACCCUAUGAGCUUGUAUAAUCUUGAGCAAUAUGAUCUUCAAUCAGAAGUCGGUAUGUCGAGUUAUACAGGGUGUUAGGUAAAUGGGUAUAUGAGCCGACACUAGCCCAUGUUAACAUGGGCAUAUAAAUGGU